CUGCACAGUGGGGCAGUACCACCGAAGCCAUUUUAUUAUUAUAACAGCAAAGGUGCAGGUGCAUCAGUAUUUUUUUAUAGUCACAGUUUUAAUUCUAAUGCUCAAGAUACAAUGGGGCAGUGCGGGAUUACGUCGUCCAAAACCGUCUUGGUUUUUCUCAAUCUCAUAUUUUGGGCUGCAGCUGGAAUUUUAUGCUACAUUGGAGCCUAUGUGUUCAUUACAUACGACGACUAUGACCACUUCUUCGAAGAUGUGUACACUUUGAUUCCCGCUGUCAUAAUAAUAGCCGUCGGGACCCUUCUCUUCAUCAUCGGCUUGAUUGGCUGUUGUGCAACAAUACGCGAAAGCUCUUGUGGUCUGGCAACUUUUGCUGCCAUUCUCCUGCUGGUAUUUGUUACGGAGUGUGUGGUGGUGGUGCUGGGCUACAUUUACAGGGCAAAGGUAGAAGAUGAGGUGAAUCACUCCAUCCAGAAGGUUUACAACGAGUACAAUGGCACCAACACUGAUGCUCCCAGCCGCGCUAUCGACUAUGUGCAGAGGCAGCUUCACUGCUGCGGCAUUCACAAUUACUCUGACUGGAGGAACACUCACUGGUUUAAAGAAUCCAAGAACAACAGUGUCCCAGUAAGCUGCUGUCAGCCCAGCAUCAGCAACUGCACUGGCACUCUCACUCGACCAGGUGAUCUCUACCAAGAGGGUUGUGAAGCUCUUGUUGUGAAGAAAUUAAAGGAGAUCAUGAUGUACGUCAUAUGGGCUGCAUUAACUUUUGCAUCUAUACAGAUGCUGGGAAUGCUCUGUGCCUGUGUGGUGCUGUGCAGGAGGAGUCAUGACCCGGCGUAUGAGCUGCUGGUCACAACCAACAGCUACGCAUGAAGGACGCAAAGCCAGUCAGCGAAGCACUCAGAAAAUCAAAAGGAGCGUCACCGGACAUGUCCACAGUAGUUUUCAGCUGUAGUUAUAUAAGCUCAAGCACACCUUGCACAAUUCAUGAUAAAGUAGCGAACACUGAUGACGUGGUUUGGGGUGGGUGGGGGCUUCAAGGUGAAACCAGUUAUUUAUUGACAUGCAUUGUGAGUUACUGUUACUUUAAAUGUUCUUUUUUCCUUCCUUAGAAAUACUGAAGUACUUAUAAAGGCCAAAGUUGUACAUGGCUAAUUGACAUUUGUGAUGUUGAUGCUGAUUUUAUGUUUCUUUUAAUUGUAGCUUCAUAAAAUCUGAACUCCUCCUGUUUGAGGGUGAUGAGAAGUAAUUUGGAGCUUCUUUGUGAAAUUAUGGUUGGGAGUAUUUCUUUGUAGGCUAGUUUGCACUAUGGCUAGAGCUCUGGAGACAUUUUGUGGUUGUUAAAAUGGAAGGUCAAUGCUAAAAAGAACUAUGUACACUAUUGCUAAUACCUUGGCUUGACCAGACUUUGUGAAAAUGGAAAAAACUUUUUACCGUAGAAAGAGCAGAUUCAAUGUUUUUAUCUCUUGUUUUAACGUUUUAGUUUGUGGAGCACCUCUCCAUUUUGUCUCUUGAAGUCAUAUUUGGUAGAAGGAGUUCUUCAUAUUCACAAAUAUUCAGGUUGUGAAUGAUGUUUUUUUUUGUGGAUGUUCUCUGAAUCUGGCUUCACUUGUGAGGCAUUGCAAAUAUACAAAUAGUGACUCAACCUUUUAGUCUCCAGUGCUAUUAUCAGUGUUACCUGAAGACUUAUGUAUGUGUAGAUUCAGUUUGUUACAGUCAGAAAAUUCCCUCUGUUUAGUUUGUUGGUUAUAAACCUGCUAUUAAGAAAAAUGACAUUAUUUUAUACAUUUUUGUGAAACUGGGCUCUGUUUUAAUAUUUUUGAGCUGUUAUGUUUACCCCUAGAUAUUUAGCUAGUGCUGCAGAAACAAAAUAUGACAAACAAAAUUGUGUAUAGACUGGAGAACAGGCAGGGGACAAAUAAACUCAUACAUUUUA